UCUGCACAUUACCCAGGACCAAUCAGCAAGCAAUGAUAAGCUACUGGUAAUUGGUUAUCUAUGACUGAUGGUUAGAUAAGGCUUUGAGAUCACAGCAUUAUCAUCACCAGUCAUAUUAAUACAGACCAGCCAGGAGCCACACCACCUCUGACCCUCUUCAGCCCUGCCAUCUCACCAGAUGAACUUAGCCUACAGCCACAACCAGCAGAAUCUACCACCAGCUGCAAUUACCUACGUGCAGUUUGCUGAGCUGGAGAGCAACCACUGUUGAUGUUUUCUCCAGAAGGACGGGUAGCAACAGCUUCAACACUGGCAGUAUCUUCAAAUGGUGAGAGAGAACAAAAUGGAGUACGAAAACAAUAUCCAGUUUUUCCCAAUCAUAAAUGGACUACAGAAAAUGGCAUUAUAUGAGACAAAGUCGAGACUGUAUCUGAUUGGCUCCAACAACACUCAAACAAAAUUCAGGGUGUUGAAAAUUGACCGUACAGAGCCUCACUCUUUAAAUAUUACUGAUGAUAAGGUGGAAUAUAGCCAAAGACAAAUUAAAGAAUUGUUAUCCAUGAUCAACGAAGGAAAUCGAGCACAAUCUGGUCAGCGACAGAUGUUUGGACUAUCCCGAACUGUGUCAGCAUUUGGAAUUGUUGGAUUUGUAAGGUUCUUAGAGGGUUAUUACAUUAUCUUGGUGACUAAACGAAGAAAAGUGGCCGUGAUAGGCUUACACACCAUUUAUAAGGUUGAGGACACGACAAUGAUAUAUAUUCCUCAUGAAUCUGUUCGUAAACACCAUGAUGACGAGCCAAAAUAUGUGCGACUCUUUCAGAACAUUGAUCUUUCUUCCAAUUUUUAUUUCAGUUACAGUUAUGACCUAACACACAGCCUCCAGUAUAACAUGGCCCCACCUCGAGAUGUACCUCUGGAAGUGCUGGCACACUUAAAGACACCAACUGCUGAUUUGGGUGAAACAGAAAAAGCAGAAGACUUUUUGAAUUUGUCUGUAAACUCUAAGGAUUCAAAUGAGGAGGCUGGCAAAGUGACAAGCUCGCUGUCAAAUAAAGAAGUGAAUAGCAGUGGCCCUGAAGUUACUACAGAUGCAUCUGACAGUCGGUGUAAAACCUCACCUUCAUAUAAAAGAAACAAGAAACAGCCUUUUAUCUCGUAUGGAAUACGUAAUAAACCCAACAACAAAUACGUAUGGAACUCGUACCUCUUAAAGCCAGUUGAAAAUUGCUUACAUCCAGCUUGGAUUUUACCCAUUACCCAUGGCUUUGUUGCACAGAGCAACAUAUCCGUGUAUGGACGAUCUUUCUUUUUGACUCUGAUUGCACGAAGAUCUUGUCGUUAUGCAGGCACAAGGUUCCUUAAACGAGGGGCCAACUUUGAGGGUGAUGUAGCAAAUGAAGUUGAGACGGAGCAGCUGGUGUUUGAUGCCCAUGUAGCAUCCCUCCAUCUGGGCAGAUUUACUUCAUUUGUACAGAUUCGAGGCUCUAUUCCUUCACACUGGUCUCAAGAUGUGAGCAAGAUGGUUCCAAAGCCGCCCAUUACUUUUGAUGUAAUGGAUCCAUAUGCAGAAACUGCAGGGAAACAUUUCAAUGAACUACUCAGGAGAUUUGGAUCACCCAUUGUUAUCCUAAAUCUUGUGAAGAGACGUGAGCGGCGGCCCCAUGAAUCCAUACUCAACACUGAGUAUUGUCAUCUCAUUGAUCAACUAAACAUUACUCUUUCCCCACAACACCACAUCCAAUAUGUUGCUGUUGAUAUGGCUCGCAUCAAUAAACAGAAAGAUGAGAAUGUGAUGAGCCGUCUCUCUGAAAUUGCAUACAGAGCUGUAAAGAAAACUGGGAUCUUCCAAAGUUCUGCACCAUACUAUAGCCACCACCUUAACCCCAACACUCACUAUCGCCACAUGGAAAGAACCAGCACCUAUGGAGAUGAUAACUUUGGCUCCCGCAGAAAUUUUACACUAAGUGAGCGUCACGGUCGAUUACAAACAGGAGUUGUACGAGUAAACUGCGUAGAUUGUCUUGAUCGGACAAAUACUGCACAGUUCUGCCUUGGAAAAUGUGCCCUUGCAUUUCAGCUUUAUGCACUUGGUGUUCUUGAACGGCCUUCACUGGAGUUUGAUAGUGACUGUGUCCGAAUGCUUGAAGAAAUGUAUGAGGAUCACGGAGACACCCUUGCUCUGCAGUAUGGAGGGUCACAAUUGGUUCAUAGGAUCAAAACCUACCGACGGACUGCACCAUGGACAAGCCAGGGAAAUGACAUCAUGCAAACAUUAUCCAGAUAUUAUAGCAAUACUUUCUCUGAUACCGAGAAGCAAAAUGCAAUAAAUUUGUUCCUGGGUGUUUAUGUUCCUCGUGAAGAACCAGUUCCCAUCUGGGAGUUAUCCUCCGACUACCUUUUACACCACACUCUGACACGAGGGGUUCGUCCAUGUCACAGCCGAAGUACAAGUCAGUGGUGGGACUCGGAGGUUAUGGAGACACUGCCUUUACCAGUGGAAGAAGCCAGAAAAUCUGUAGCCCUCCUAUUACCUGUUACCCCAAAAGAGCCAAAGGUUGAUCUGUACACGGACCAUCAUCGGCCAUCAGAAUUCUGCAUUUUAUCAGAAUUGUUUAGCUACCACAUGAGUCACUCGGUUAGAGACUACAUGCCAAAUUUUACCACUGAUGAAAGCCCAUUUAGUGUGCGUCGCCGCCCGGGUAAGCGGCAAGAAGAAUUGUCACGUAACCAGAGUUCUGGCUCGCCCUCGCCAAAAAACCCUGGCAUGACAGGUCAAGCCUCUACAUCUUCCACAACCUCUAGUGGUACUAGUUCAACUGAGAGCGAGGCAAGCGAUGAUGAUGAAUUAUCUGUAGUGAGUACAGCAAGUGAUGAUGAUGGUGAUAAUAGUCCUAGUCUUUCCUUAGUAUCAUUCUUCCCACCAAUGACUGAAACAUAUGGUGACUACCUGCAUGACCCCUCAAGAACUGACAAUACCAUUUAUAAGAGGUAUGAACAGAUUUACAGAAUAACAAGCUGUCCUGUGACAAAAAUGAACCAGAACACUAGUACUGCAGCACCUUUAGUACUUAUUCAGCGAUCAAGUUUUUGCCUCGAUUCUUCAGUAGAAACUGACCCACCUACUGUUGCCAGACGCUCAAGAGACAUAUACAGCAGGUAUGUUGCUAUGGCAACUAAAGGACCUCAGCCACCAGCAAAUAGGGAUCUUCUCAUGUACAGAAAGUUUGCUAGUUUCUCCUAGAAAAAUUUAAACCGAUGUAACGAGUAGCUAAAUGCACUAAUGUUUUAAUAAUUUCCCUGUCGAGCUUUAAUUCUACUGUGUACUAAUUAUUCAUUCCAUUUGUAAAAAAUACCAAAGAUAGCAAAUUGUUAAGCUUCAUUUUCUAAUGUACAUAUCACAAAUAAAGUUUGACAGAA